GACUUGUGGCCUCGUUGGGACCCCUGUGAUCUGGCUGCUCUGAUCUCGCUCUGCAAUGCUGCCUUUGCCUCAGCUGUGCGCGCUCUGGGGCUGCUUGUUGACAGCGGUCCAUCUAGGACAGUGUGUUACGUGCAGUGACAAACAGUACCUCCAAGGUGGCGAGUGCUGCGAUUUGUGCCAGCCGGGAAACCGACUAGUUAGCCACUGCACAGCUCUUGAGAAGACCCAAUGCCAACCGUGCGACUCAGGCGAAUUCUCAGCUCACUGGAACAGGGAGAUCCGCUGUCACCAGCACCGACACUGCGAACUCAAUCAAGGGCUUCAGGUUAAGAAGGAGGGCACCGCGGUUUCAGACACUGUUUGUACCUGCAAGGAAGGGCAGCACUGCGCCAGCAAGGAGUGCGAGACGUGCGCUCAGCACACGCCCUGUGGCCCUGGCUUUGGAGUUGUGCAGAUGGCCACUGAGACUACUGAUACCGUCUGCCAACCCUGCCCGGUCGGAUUCUUCUCCAAUGGGUCAUCACUUUUUGAAAAGUGUCAUCCAUGGACAAGCUGUGAAGAUCAGAAGCUGAGGGUCCAACAGGAAGGAACAAGUCAGACUGAUACCCUCUGUGAUAUCCAGCCCCGGAUGCGAGCCCUGCUGGUCAUUCCCGUCGUGAUGGUUAUCCUCAUCACCAUCUUUGUGGUUUUUCUCUAUAUCAAAAAGGUGGUCAAGAAACCAAAGGACAAUGAGGUCUUACCCCCUGAGGCUCGAGGACAAGAUCCUGUGGAGAUAGAAGAUUAUCCCGGUCACAACACUGCUGCUCCAGUGCAGGAGACGUUGCAUGGGUGUCAGCCUGUUGCACAGGAGGAUGGUAAAGAGAGUCGCAUCUCAGUGCAGGAGCGGCAGGUGACAGGCAGCAUGGCCUUGAAGCCCCUGGUCUGAGCCCUGGAACUGUUUUGGAGGUGAUAGUUCCAGAGCAGGGGCCUGGCUCUGACAGCCGCUGACUUUUGAAGUUUGAGAGGAGCCAAGGCAGAGCCCAGUGCAGCUAACUUUCGUGCCUGCCCCUGUCAUCUCUCGACUUGCUUUUUAAAGAUGGAGGAAAAGCUUGGGCGUCAGGGGUCCGCAGUAAUAUCUACAGAGUGCAGCAAUGCAGGCCCAGAGAUGUCUUGCUGCGGUUUUCACUGUAAGGAGUCGUGGACACGGGAGUCCAUGGCUUGUGGCUUGUGCUGCUAGAAGGCACCUGGUUGCCCAGCAGCCGGGGACUGGCUAAAUAAAUCUGUAAUUAUUUAUACAA